UUGCGUACAGACCACAAACAAAGAUUUGGAGUAUUGCAACAUCUUUUAGUUUAAUUCCACAACUUUGUAAUCGUACGAGUAGAUUUUAGUAGAAAACAACUACAACAUAUGUAGUGUCUCGUACGGAAGACGAAUGUGAACGAGCAAAGAAUAAAAGUCUGCUCGAGCCUUUGCCCAGUAGGUACCAGGUAGAGAGCUGCCGUUGACUAUUUACUCGUGUGUUGCUGCUGUCUGAUCUUGCCAUGUCAAGAAAAGGGACCCCACCCUUGUGGAAACCUUUUCAAACCUAUCUAUUUUUAAAAUAAAUUUUAUGGUGAAAGUGUGCCAGAACAGAGAAUCUGUUCUUAAUUCUAAGCCAUUGGUUUGCUUAAGAAUCUGAGUUGAUCUAGUAAGGAGAAAAUGUCCUUUCUUCUUGAAUUCUUGAAAUGCGCUCUGUGUUGUGAAGACGAGCACAUUGAUGGUCGUUGUGAGGAUGAGUGCAGUGAUAUUAGUGACAGUGAAACCUCCUUCAGCAAUAUUUAUAGUACAACUAGGAUUUAUAACACAUUUGCUAGCUGGGUCUCCACUCCUAGUUCCUCCAUAGACGAAUCAACAUCAAUAACCAGAACUCGCUUAGAUUCAUCCCUCAGUUCAUCGCUCUUGAACCCAACCAGAAAAGAGUCAACAUGGCAGUCCAGGCCAAGUGAUGUACCUGUUGAAUACAGGGUAGUUCUAGGUUCAGAGACAAAUAAUCCUACUUCAAUUGGAUCAUUGUAUCUUAAGUCUGUGGAAAGGAUUUGUCAAGUGCCUCAGAAUCCUAGGAGUUCUGGUACAUACAACAUUUAUUCAUCUCCAACUCCCACGAAACCACCUCAGUCUUCAACUAAGCUGAUUCUCCCUCCUCGUAGUCCAUCGCCAUCAUCCCUUAAACCCCCAACAUCUUCUCCUAAACCCCCCGCAUCUUCAAAACCAUCUCCAUCAUCUCCUAAACCUCCAACGCAUUCUAAACCAUCUAUGUCGUCUCCCAAACCCUCUUCAUCAUCUUCUAAACCAAGUUCAUCCUCCUCCUCGCCAUCUUCAUCUUCUUCUAACCCUUUUCCCUCCCUUAAGCCAACUCUAUCCCCUGUGCCUUCUUAUUGUAUCGACCAGCAAGGGAAAGGAAAAUAUGCUUGGGCUGAUCCAAAGGAUACAUUACCUAUUUACAAGAUUCCCAAGGACAUUGUGGACUUAAUCAAGAGAGACAUUGUGCCUGAAGUUCUGGAGAAAGCUUUGUCUCCUUCAACUUAUCAGGAUUUUUUUGCAGCUCUCCUCUAUGCUGAGGACUACUACAUUGAGAAAUGGAGCAAUUUUGAGUUGAUGAAUGUGUCUCUGGAAUUGCAUCCAGCGUCAAUCUAUCAGAAGUCAGGCCAGAAUAAGUAUUCGAAUGCAAGGAAUGAGAUGGAUAAUAAAACUUUUGUAGUAUUUAAGGUUGAUUCUCUUUCUAAGAAGCGGCCAUUUCUUCUGUCAAGGGACUUUGUCUUUGCACAACCUUCUGGCAAAAAAAUUGAGCCAUUUCAGGGUGUUAUAUAUCGGGUGGUGAAGAGCACAACUAUACUAGUUGAAUUUGAAGAGAAAUUUCAUUCUCACCAUGAUCCAACCUGCAGAUAUAACAUUAGGUUCUCGUUCAACAGAGUCUGCUUAAAGAGGGCUCACCAAGCAAUUGCAGCUGCAUCUACACCUGCUUCCUUAAUCCAAAAGUUCGUCUUCCCUAAUUCUGUCUCCCAAAAUCUCAUGCCUACCUCAACUUCUUUUCAUCUUUAUAACCACGAGCUCGGUCAGAAUGAAAAGUCAGCAGUUCGUCAUAUUUUGAACUUUCGAGGCCCUCCACCUUUUCUAGUAAAGGGCCCUCUCUGCGCAACUUGCAAUGAUGGUUCUGAAUCCUUUUCAAAGCAACUUUCAAGGACUGGACUGGUUAUUAAAGAAGCAGUGCUUCAAAUUUAUCAACGCCAUCAAGGGUCUAAAAUUCUUGUCUGUGCACCUAUCAAUAGCACAUGUGACAUGAUAAUGAGAAGCUUGAAUUUGGAAAUUCCGGUGUCAGAUAUGUUCAGAGCCAAUGCUGCAUUCCGGGAGAUAGAGGGGGUACCUAUUGACAUCCUCCCCUCCUGUCUUUAUGAAGAAGAAACUGAUUGUUUUACUUGUCCAUCACUUAAGGGGCUAAGGAACUUCCGAGUAAUAUUGUCAACUUUCAUUAGUAGCUAUCGCCUGUAUAAUGCAGGCAUAACAGCUGGACAUUUUAGCUAUAUCUUUUUGGUGGAUGCUUCGUCAGCUACUGAGCCAGAGACAAUGGUGGCUUUGGCUAACUUGGCUGACGAGUGUACAACCGUUAUAGUUACUGGUGCACCCAGAAAUCGUUCAACCUGUGUCCGCUCAGAUAUUGCUAGGCGGAAGGGAUUGAGAAGAUCGUACUUUGAAAGGCUUUGUGAGUUUGGUCCAUACAAAAAUGAUAAUCCGAUGUUCACAGCGCAGCUGGCAAAAUCAGUCUCCUGAACGUUGCCAAUACAGUGAGUGCAUAGUGAAUUAUCUCAUGUAAAUUGAUACCUUCUUUACUCUUUUACAUUUGAUGUCAACUCAGAGAUAGAAAUUUUGCAAGCAAGUGAUGUUGGUUUGGGGUUAAAUAAAUUAGUUUUUGCCCAUGAAA